AUGUGUCGCGACCAAGCUAAAGACAAGCCAGCUGGUUCGCGGGAAAAGCACAUCGGCAUGCGUGAUUCAGCUGCAACUAGAAAUCAAAAGUUUGACAUGAUCACAUUAAUCCUGCAAUACCGAGAUUCAAAAUCGGCUGUCGGAUCCAUCGCCAGCGCCUUAUUGGGCGAGUCAACUUCAAAUCAAGGUGCUUGA